CCGAGGGUUACCCCUUGGUCUAGCCGGGCUGCUUCCGUAUAUUCCAGGGAUGCUGCGCGCGCGCACCGGGGGUUGCGCUCUGGUCUCAUCUCAGUUUCGCAGCCUCCCUUUCGCGACCCGUAUCAAGUCCGCGGCGGCUCAAUCAGAGGUGUGUACCAUUUAACGUCAUCCCAGGAACGUCGACAUCCCGGUGUCGCAAUCGUUGUCGCAAUCCUGGAUGGUCACCAGCCUCAUCGUCUCUCACCCCCGUUCGGGUCACAUCCGGCUUGAUUCGAGUACAUACCCGCUCCGCUCCGGAAAAUGGAAACCGUAAUCGGGAUACGUCGUCGUUUUAAGUCGUCGGCAGGAGAUGAAUGAAUCCUGUGCGCGACAUUUACGAUAAAUGGCCAUGCGAGUAUUAAAAGGGCAAGCGAUAAGAAAGAGAAAAAGAGGAUCGAGCAGAUACAGCUGAAAAGGAGAUCUCGACCGUAAAUUCCCUCAUGCGGCUUAUCGAUCGGCAUUUUUUAAAUGUACUAUCGGUCACCGCGGGGGGUGAGAGCUGCAUUUGACAAUGUAAAGAAAAAUCUACAACAACGGGAUUGUCCCCUGAGCGUAAUGUUUCCCUACACGGCACUCGACAUCAUCGUUACCUCAACGAAUAUCUUAUCGCGCUGCAUUAAUAUUUCAUUCCCGUCAUAAAAGCUUGUCAGCAGUGAAAUGACGUGCGUGGGCAAUUGCAUGUACAUCUACAUAUAUCUAUGUACACAUAUAUACGAAAAUGAGUGAAGUUUACGUCUAGCGAUACACUGAACUGAUCCGGGAGCAAUUUUCCUGCACUUUUCGCGAACAUCCAUUAUCCGCGAAGCGCGGAAGACGCCUUGCGAUAAACUGAUUCAGGAUUGCGUGAUAUAGAUAACAAAGUACAGUAAAGUAAGUUACAAAAAAGACAGAGGAAGACAGGAAGACAAACAUCAUGAUCGUGGAACGGAGGACUACAGCUGAUCAGCUGUGAUCAGCUCGACUGCCGCACCGACCCUCCCGCUCGAUACAAGAAACUCACUUGGCCAGGAAAUUCCUUGGUGAUGUAUCGUCGGGUCCGGGUAAAAUGGCAGAGACGAUGACACACAAUCACACGACACCCGCCGAAAAUGCGACGGCGAGAAAGCUGAAUCUUACGUCGAUGACAUUCCUGCCUUCCACAGUGGUCGCGGCCGCAAUUAACGCCGAGACGACGAUUCCGACUAAUCCGUCCACGGUGAUGACGGGCGACCCUGCAGCCGUCAUUACUGUCAAACCGCAUCAUCAUGUCUACAACGUGACGGAGCAUCUCGUUGAGCAUGAUGAGUUUGAUCAUAGUAUCCUCACCAGCUUUUCAGACAUACAAACCGUUUUACUCGCGUGCAUAUCGACGUUAUUGCCGCUGAUCAUCACCCUGGGGAUCGCCUUUGGCAUCAGGCAUGUGUGGCGAAAAUACCAAGGCGACAGUGGGAACAGCGGGAACGUUUUACCUUACAAGAGCGUCUGUAUCUGCGAUAACGCAGUCGAGUCUCAGCAUCAUCAUUCACAUCCCGGAAAUGUUCCCGUUCAAGCUGCUACGAGAGUCCUCUCCGCGCAAGACUUGGUGAAUGGCCUAGAUGUACCCCGAUAUAUGUGCGAAACGGAAGUGAUGGAGGAGGUAAAUGUCGCCCCGGCGGCAGCAACCGUGAUGGAGUAUACCACUUCUGGUAAUCACACCAGCAAAAAUGCGAAUGGGAAUAUCAUCACGCUCACGCUCAAGAAUAAUCAUCUGAUCGUGGAGACGGAGGAACGCGCGGUAACGAUGGAAGAAAGCAAGCCCACGUCGAGAUAUAAAGACAGUAACUCGUUCGUGGUGGAGGUACAGCCGGAUUACGAUAGGAAGCAGACGGAAGGCAACAAAGGAUCCUCCGAUGAUAUGACCGCCGGUGUUACCGAUCAACAGGCUCUGGUGCACAGAGAGGAGAUCCCGGACGACAGAUCGUUAGGUUUUGAAAAUACGCGAUUAUUUGGGAGCACCAAUACCGGUCUGUCGCAAUCCGAUCUCUCGAUAUCCAGUCAAGGUUCCGCCAAUCCGAGCUACCGCUAUGGCAAUCAGGUUGAAUACGACGUAGGCCAUCUCGGGUAUCCCAUGUACGGUGGCAGCUACGAGUCCGACGUGCUGUCGAGGAAACUGGAGGGACGAUCCAAGUGGGUGGAAUUCGACAAGUCGCCGGAUAUCGAGAAGACUCUGUUGGACGACUCGAGAAACUUGACCAGCGACGAGGACGAGGAGGACAAAAGUCAGGAGUACUUUGGAAAAUCAAAAGACAUGUCGUCCCUGGAGGACGUCGUGAGCGCUGUGAUGCGAGAGGAUUCUCUGGAGAUCAACAGUCUGCCGGAUACCGUGCGAUCGAAUCCGAAUCUGCAGGUGAACGGCACGACGCCCAACAAACUGGAGAUCAUGGAGCAGAAGGCUCUGUGCAACGACUUCGCGAGCAAGGUGGAGAGUAACAAGCCCGUGAUAACCGGCGCGCUGCUGAAAGACGACGUUCAGGAGGAUGCGUUUCAGGAGCAGCAGCGCAAGCUGGGCAACGGCACGCUAACGCCGGAGCACAAGGAGAACAGGAUGACGGACCACAAGCCGGAAGGCAGUGUCUUCGUGCCGAGUCACAAGCGAGCGGGCAGCAUCCCGCCGCGGCUGAUCGAGGAAACGCUCGAGAUGGAUCGCAAAAAAUCGCUCGACAUCUAUAACAAGUACAGCCAAAUCAAAACGAGCACCAGGGGCAUGCUCCCGAGCCUGAGCCCGAAAUUCGAGCUGCUGCAGAACGAGGUGAGUCCCAUCGAGGAGAAGGAGAGUUAAUGUGCGCGUCAGACGAACGGAAACCCCUCGUCGUCGAGUUUGAACCGGUCUCCCGACUAUCGUCGUCGUCGUCAUCAUCGGCAGGAUGCAACGUCCUCGGGAUAAAUUGCAACGAAAGAUACUAGUCAGGGAUUACACGAAGAAAACCGCAGCGAAUACAGUUAAUACACUGUACACGUAGGGAUUAUGUUACUUAGUAUAGUGGACACGUGUAACGGAAUUGUAUCGUAAUUGCGCUCGACCACGCGGCUGCGCAUCUGCGCGAUUGCCUGGCGACAGACAUUUCGCGCAGAUAUCAGCCGGAUACCUAAACGAGUACCUAAAUAUAUAAAUCUCAUACGACGAGGUAAACUUGGUGCGAGAAUUAAGGUUUAAGAUGUAAUCGAUUUAAUCGAAUCGGAGAAGGGAGGUGCGACUGCCGUGAAGACUUUCCGUUUCCACAGCAUGCUUUGGUCGGCACUUUAGAGAUCCACAGGAUCGAUCAAUCGAGUCAGUGCGAUCGAUUUGUCUUUAACGGACGAAGGGUGUAACAUGUAGCCCGAAACAGAUGUAUGACAGCGUUUUGUAACUGCAAAAAGUCUCGUUUCUCUUUCGUCGUAUGGCAACGUACAAUAAUUUCCGAAACUUGAUAUGGACUUUAAUAUGGACCACGUUGUUUAGUUCGCACGGAUGAGAGACUUUUCGCGAUUGAAGCAAACAAGCGAUAAUGAUUAGUGUUAACGUAGCAGCGUAACGUACGAGCUAAUCAAAAAACAUUGAAAUAAGAAAUCUUUUUUCAUCAAUUUUGCAUAGGAAUAUAUCGCUCUCGAUUUGUGAUAGUUAUCUAGUACACUACGAAAUCAACAUUAACUUGAAGAUACACGCUCGAUCCGCUUGAACUUGCUAUUUCUUAUUCAAGAAAUAUGUAGUUAUAUUAUACAUAUAUAUUAUAUAAACACAUUUCUUUCCGCGCAAAAGUAUAUUAACAUUUGUCCAUCUUGGAAUAUAUUCGCUAAAAUUAACUACUUGAACUACAUUUUUGCAAAACAAAUUUAUUAAAGUUACCUUAGUAAUUUUUUAAAUAGAAAAUUUUUGCUGCGAAAACUGAUAGAUUACAUCACCUUCAUUUUACAAUGAAGAAAAUUCAAUAUGUGCUGAAUUUUGGAUUGGCAAUCCGUUUAUUAAUAUUUCUGAUUUGAGAUUCUUCGAUUGAGCAUUAUCGUAACGAUUAUAAUAUAUAUAUCGUAGUAAUUAUAAGCUCUUUGAAAUUAAAAAAAAACAUUGCAUUCCUAAUAUUCACAUUAAGUAAAUAAGUCAGUAUGCAUAUACACAUGCAUCGAUAAUGUAUAUGUAUACGUAUAUGUGUACAUACAUAUAUAGGUAUAACGAAAAUUGCACGCACAUAGAAUAUAAAGCACUUACACGUACAUACAUGUUAUGCGCGCACACAAUGUUAAACAUUUUUUAUUAGCUUUAUAGGCGUUUCGAGAUGUGAAGUCGACGCUUGAGACUUGACGAUUACGUGGAUUCUAGUGCCAAAAUAGUUUCUUAAGGCAUCUCAUGAGAGAAUUUGCAAGAAUAUUUAUAAUGAUCACUUGUCUGUGUAUAACUAUGUUUCAGAGAAACAUUAUGUUACCAAUAUUUCAAAUUUUAUAUGAUUCCGUUGAAUAUUGCAAACAUUAUCGAAUGUUAUCUUCGUGAUGCGUGAAAAUUUUUGCGAAAAAUUUCACGACAUGAUAUCGAAUGUGUCUGAGAAAAGAAAGCAAUGUAUUAUAUGUCCGCCGACAUUUAUGUUAGAUGCUGUUCCAAUUUUUAUAAAAGUAUUAUUACUCAUGCUAUUGUUAUCAUAUUUAUACUUUGCUCUACAUAUUGUUUCAAUAUAUGUAUCCCCUCAUGCAUCGCAUUAAUCACGUUAAUUGCACCAGUAAGAUUUCGCAAUUUUUACAUUCUGCUCAUAAUUACUAUUUAAUCAUCCUUCGGAUAUGAUAACGCUUCGUUAGACGAGAUCAUGUUCGAAGCUAAUUUAACUAAUAUAACGAUGUUAAAAAUUUGCGGAAUUGCCGUAGCGACUCGUAAGGACAGUUUCUAGGAUGUAGUCGUAUAGAGAACACGGUUUCGGUGUUUUAAAUAAAACCUGAAUUGUCCUGCGCGAACCAAAGACAUCAUUCUUAUGUACCAAAUAUAUACAUAUAUAUAUAUAUACAUACGAUAUAUAUACAUACAUACACAUAUGUAUAUAUAUGUAUAUAUGUACACAUAUAUAUCGUAAGAUCUACAAGAUAUUUGGUAUGCUGAUUGUCAGAGUAAAAUAAGAAAUGUCUUGUAAGUGAAUACUUUAUGAGACAUGUCAUAUUUUCCUCUGUCAAAUUUUGAGGUAAAAUAUGCAAGCAGUAUUCAUUUUCCGAGAUAUUUCGCGUUUUAUUCUGACAUAUUCUGUAUUAUUUUGUGUUUUAUUCUCACGUAUUCACGUCACAAUUAUCUCCUCUUAAUUCUGUUAUCUAGCGCUAUCUUAAAAUAGCUAGAAGAAUUGAUUUUGUGACAAAAAAUUAAAAUUGUAUAUUUCUAUUUUGGAAUAAGUUGCAGACGUGCAGAAAAUUGAACCAUCUUCCCGUUCCAUCUUUUAUUAUGUGUACAAAAACGCUAUGGAAUAAAAUAAAAACCGAUGUGAGGAAUAUUUUGCAGGAUAUUUUAUAUUUUAUAUACGUCAGAAUACGUUAGAAUAAAAUAUAUGAUUGAGUAUCAGAUCAAAAAAUUUAUUAUUCUGCCUAAGAUAUUUUAUUGUAGAUUCUAUGCAAGUCAUGAUUACAUUGUACGCUUACAAGACACCAUUGUAACGGAAUAUUUCAAUCAUACCAUCUUACAUUUAACUUACAUUAACAUCAUAUCGUGUCAGAAUCUUAUUUGAAUGAUUUGUUCAUUUGAAUUUUCUAUCGUAGCAAUUAGAUUACGCGAACUUUACGAAUGUAGUUUACUUUCUUUUUUUGUAGACUAGCACUAGUCUUAAAAGCGAAUGCAUGAAAAUAUGGAUUUUGUAUGCGAUCUAGAUAUCAUAUAUAAUCGUGAAUAUUGAUACUGAUUAUCGAUAACAUAUUUCUCACUCAUGUACUGGGAUGUACCGUGUACUUCGAAAUACGAUUUAGGACAGGACAGCAUCUUUGAACGUGACCCAUGGUCACUAGUAGCAUCGAAAAGGAAUCUUUCAUUUUCUCUCGAUAUUUACAGGUCUCUAUUACUGCGACAUCCAAAAUAAAAUUGCUGACAUAGAAAAUACCGAAAAUUGUCAUAGAACUUAGAAUUGACACGCGUUGGAGUUGCGAAAGUAGAGAUCGUCUAAAUUCAUAAUGCAGGAUCAGGAGGAACGAUAGGAGAAAUGUUACGGAAAUGAUCGAUUUUAUUAAUUGCGCAUCACGCUUUAGCGCUUCACGAUGAAAUUAUUUUGCUAUUAUUAUUGUAUAUUAAGAGUUUGCUGUAUUUUUUAAAAAUAUGCUUUUACACAUAUAUAUAUAUACACGUACGCGCAUGCGCGCAGUUAAAAUGAUGUUAUAUGAUUGUUUGUACAAAGCGAAAGCAGAUAUAUUAUAUUCGUCUUAACAUAACAUAUUUUACAAUAUUCUAUAUUCUCUGGUUUAAAAAUUUUAGAAAUUCUGUCUACUCUAUAUUUGAAUUCUAUAUUUUUUACCGUAUUCUGUAUUUAUUCAGUCUAAAUUAAUAGUUCCUCUUUUACUUUACUGAGACUUUGAUUUUAAUUAAGAAAUAUUAUAUUAAAUAUUAUAUUAUUAAGAAAUAUUAUAUUAAAUAUUAUAUUAUUAAGAAAUAUGAUAUUUUUAUAAACUUAUACUUUUUAUUGUCUCACAUCGUCUUACCUUUGUUGAAUUCUUUUGUAUAUAUUAAAAAUAUAAUUAACAUAAAAAUAUUUUUAAUAAAGCUUUGUUAAUGUGUGAUCAACGAUUAAUAAAAAUUAUAUAUUAUAUCAAUUUUACACGGGAUGACACAUAAUUUUAUCUGCAGGGCAGAAUAAAUGUGUGAGGUAUUGUCUGUUUACGUGAAAGUGCAGAUUAAUGUUUGAUUGUGAAAAUCUAAAGUUGUUUCUGAGGGUGAAGGAGUUGAGAACGAAAAAGGUAACGAUAUGGAUUGCUACGAAAUCUUUCUUAUGUGAUUGACGAAUAUAAAUUCGGAGCAAACCCGCUGAGACACGCGUCCGUCCUUCUAUGUCGUAAAUGAUUAGAUUCGUUCUUUCAUGCGCUAAUAUACAUAUACGCAUUUAAUUGUAUGUGUAGAAUAGUUUUCUUAUAUAUCCAUACCUAAACUCUUUCCAUCGAAAAUUUAUUUUUUGUCGAGAACAUUGUACGAUCCUUCUCGCCAUGAGAACAACAAUGUUCUACGUAAUUUUAUUAGUUAGGAAGAUUGUUAUAUUACUUUUUACUUUGUUAGAAAUAUUGAAGCAGUUAUGUUUAGUAAUAUUAUGCAUGAGAGGAAUAAUGCGAAGAGUUUAAUGUAAUACGGAAAAUCGAUAUAGUAUCGACAUAGCGUAUAAAAGCGCGCGUAUACGCUUCCGGAGAGUGUUUUAAUAUUUUAUAACGUGCAAGCUAACUCAAAGAAAACUGUAAUACUAACAUCUGCUUUUUUUCGGGAUAAGUUCAUAAUGAAAUCGAAGUAAAUUAUUGCGCUCAUUGCACAAAUUCAUUUCUAUUAGUCGCUAAGAGCUUCCAUUGUAUAUGUCACCUUAUUUUGCAAAAUAAACUACUGCGCACGAAUAAGA